AUGGAAAUAUUUUCUAAAACGAGACCGAAUUUAUUUCCAAUUUUUGAGAGUCCUCCACCUUACGAAAAUAUUUAUCCGGAACCGGAACCUUUUUGCGAUGGACAAUUGGAAAACGUUUACGAUAAUGAUGGAAUGGGUAAAUUCGAUGGUCCGCCGAUGGUAAAUCGAUUUAUUCAACCAUUUAUUGAACCUCCUAAAAUUCUCGGUCAUAAAUGCCCGUGUAAUAAACAACCACCUCCUCUACCUCCUCCUCGUUUGAUUCCGAGAUAUUUUAAAAGAAGACUUUGCAACGAACAAAUGGUUGAAGCCCUCGGUAUGAGACCUCCGCCACCACCUCCACCGCCGCCACCACCACCACCACAACAUUUUGGCCAAUGUAAUUCGUGUAAUCAAUACGAUGAUUGCGGGCAAUACGGUUCUUGUGGCAUGCCGCCAGUUGUUUUUCGUCCUCCGCCUCCUCCACAAAUUAUGCCACUGACUCUUCCAGCUUCUUGUAUUUGCUGA